CUGAAACCCUCUCUCUCACACAGAAUAUAAAAAAAGUUGGCCAAAGUCUGUCUCAGCUCCAAUAGCUACCAGACACCCACAACAACCUCUCUCUCUUUUUAUCGCUCUCUCUCUCUCUCUCUCUCUCUCUCUCUCUCUCUCACACACACACACACACACCACCCCUCACUCCUGGCACAGAGAAGACAGGACCACUGGAGAGACCAUACACACCUCCGCCUCCUCCUCCAGUCACUCACCCAGCCAUCGCCAGACGCUAAGCCCAAGGAUGUGGACUUUGCUCUUGGGGGUCACCUUAGGAUUACUGGCCUCUUCCAGGUCGGAACCGGCUCAAGUGAAAUCUCGUAGCUGCAGCCAUGCCGGAGUGUUCCACGUGGAAGGACCAGAUCGCUACUCAUUGACCUUGGACCUGGCCAAGAAGCUGUGUGAGAGCCUGGGAAUCACCAUUGCCAGCAGGGAACAGGUCAUCGAGGCUCAUGCACGUGGCCUAGAGACCUGCAGAUAUGGUUGGAUCAGCAACGGAAGCACCACCAUCCUCAGACAAAAGGCUCAUGUUAACUGUGCCAACAACACGACUGGGGUCUUCUUCCAUCAAGUCUCUCCGGAAAAACCCUUUGAUGCCUUCUGUUUCAAUGCAUCAGAGUUGGCUGACAAGAACUGUGAUGCGGCCAUCAACCCUGAUUCAACAGGACCAGAGAGUGUUCAGGUGACAGAUGCUGCAGAUGAGGCCACAGGACCUGAGGAUGGAGCCCAGCCGGAGACCACCAUCAACUCCGAGCCUGACACCCAGGACACCACCUCCGCCCCUGGAGAAAGGGGAGCAGAGAGCACCACUGAGGUAAUGGAAGCAUUGGACACAGACCAGCCUGCACCCACUGAGGCCAGCCAAGUAAAGUCAACAGCAUGGGCUGAGGGUUAUGCUUCAGAGGGGGCAGCCACAGAAAGCCUUGGCAUAGGAAUGACGGUUGAGGGGAAUGGGACCCAGAAAGCCAGCCCCGCUGAGCACCCUGGGGUGGUGGUCACUGAGACGGAAGAAACCACUGUGUCUGGAAUGUUGCCUUCUGGCACAGAUGAGGAGGGGGCCUCUUCUAUGACACCAUCUGUUAAAGAGCCAGGAGAACCACAGGGCCGGGCCAGAGAGGAGGAUUUACAGGAGAAGGAGGUGGAGGUAGGAGCCUCCACGCAGCCCAUUCCUAAUGGGAAGAUGAAUCCAGGUAUGGGAGCAGACCCUACUCCAGCUGGGAAGGAGAUCAGUAGCACACCCAAUUGGCUGAUCAUUGUGGGAGUGCUUGUGGCACUGGUUGCUAUUCUCCUCACGUGUUUUGUUGUGGUCAAGUAUAAGAGCUGGUGCGGUCAGCAGCAGACCCUGAUGAUCACCAACAGGGAUGGGAAUGAGGGUAACGGUGCAGCGGCGUCAGUGGCUAGCUCCCGCGCCCAGGAGAGAGAGCAGGAGAUGGUGACCCUGAUGAAUAAAGAGAAGAUCCAGGAAAACGGAAACAAGGAGGAGUUCACCGCCAUCACACUGGAGGAGUCUCCAGAGAAAGAACAGCUAGCGUGAGAGAGUAGAGGAGACAGGGAGUGUGUGAGUGAGUGAGAGAGAGAGAGAGAGUGAGUGAGAGAGAGAGAGUGAGAGAGAGAGAGAGUGAGAGAGAGAGAGAGAGAGAGAGAGAGAGAGAGAGAGAGAGAGAGAGAGAGAGAGAGAGAGAGAGAGAGAAUAAUAGCUAUGGGGGUCAUGACACUGGGGCAGGACUAGAGAGAGGCUGGGUGGGAUGGAGACGGACACUUUGGCCUGGUACCAACCAGACGGACACGCUGAACAUACCAGCUGGGGUUGGGGUUGGUGCUUUUAAAUGGAAGUGGUGGGUAAUGCUGUAUUGAUUCUGUUUGUUCUUUUAUUCUGGUGAGUAUGGCUGGUUUGCCCCACCUACUUUUUACUGAGGUACAACAUCUGGACCGACCCUUUCCCUGUCUGUCAGAUGAGCUAGAUAGUCCCUUAAAACCAAGAGGAGCAAAAUUAUGCUUUUAGCUUCCUAUGUCAUGGUGGUUAGAAUGGGAUCAUUUUCAACAGCAGGAGUCAACCCAGGCUUCUAGAAAGACACAGAGAUACACACCUGUUGAUAUUCACCCCUGCCUUUCAAUCAGGGUCUAAUCUAAAUCUGAGAAAAUCAUACUGGCUUCUCUAGCCAACAGGUAACAUUAAUAAAACAUUUGAGUGCCAGGUUGAAAUGCACCCUGCAGACCCUGGAUAACUGGAGGUUGACAAUGACAACCCUGAUCUAAAGCCUGAUGUAUGUUUUGCUCUAAGUGGAGAUGUUGAAGGUGUGUGUGUGUGUGUGUGUGUGUGUGUGUGUGUGUGUGUGUGUGUGUGUGUGUGUGUGUGUGUGUGUGUGUGUGUGUGUGUGUGUGUGUGUGUGUGUGUGUGUGUGUGUGUGUGUGUGUGUGUGUGUGUGUGUGUGUGUGUGUGUGUGUGUGUGUGUUUGUGUGUGUGUGUUUGUGGGGAGAGAUAAAGUGGGUUCAUAAAGUCAGAGGGAUAUGAGUGUGAGUUUUAAAGGUGGGGGAUGGGGGAGCUUGGAUGCCCUCCAAGUUCAAUAGGGGAUUCAGGUUUGAAGGACAUUGUUGAUACUGUGUCACUCAAAGCUUUUGAGGCAUUGGGUUGGAAAAUAGACACACACACUCACAGAAAUGUCAAAACUAAACAGACAUGGGUGGAUAAUUUGGCUCGAUGUUCAUGGGAUUCAUAUUGUUUCUGAUGAUGGAUAAUUGUGAGAUGUUGUGGCCCACUGAUGUCGUUUCUUUUGAUAUUAACCUUGUGUAUAUUUCACUUCUUUCCUGUGGAUUGCGGUUUUAUUUUGUUUUUACAAGAAAACACAAUAUUACUAUUUAAAUUUGUGCAGUUUGGAUAUUAUUAUUAUUUUUUGCUUCUGUAAAUAAUGUAUGCGUGUUUUCCAAAUGGCUUAGAAAUAGUGGUCAAUCAUCGUUUUGGCAUGCACGUGCCCUUUAAUGAUUAAAGAAAAGCUGCCAUAUUUGAGUUAUUUAAUCAAAUGCAGAAUUUAAGGAGGUGUUCAGUUGUGAUAGAGCAUUUGCAGUAGAGUGGAUAUUGUAUGAAUCAACUUCAUGUACAGUAUUCAAGACAGUGCAUUUUAAAUACCUUUAUUAUGAUGUCAAUUAACAUGGUCUGUAUACAUGAUUAAGUCAUGUUGGAUAGCACACAUGAUUGUAUAGAACAUUUGGAUGUUGGGGUUCACAUGAAUUGUACCAUAUAAUUCAUUUCAUACUAUAUUGACAGAAGCGUGCAGUCUACAAUGACCUAGCAUUGUGUAGUAAUGCAUUAAACUGUGAUGAAUAUCAUCCAAUGGCACCUAACAGAUAGAGCCCUAGGAGUGCUGGAACACCUGCCCUUUUGCCCUCCUAUGAAAAAUGUGUCCUUUUGGUUGGUGGUGUUUUUAAAAACGAGUUUAUUUUUCUCACUUGUAACUUUAAAUGCAAUGAAUUUCGUAUAAAAGUAGAUCAUUUCUCAUGAACUCAUUAAUCUUGAAAAAAAGUCCUCUGCCACCGGAACAGUGCGUUGCUGCGCUUGUCCUCGUCACAUGCACGAGCUUCCAACCUGUUAUAAUAUUAUAUUACAAUAUGUAAUAUGCAUAAACAUUUGCAGUGUACAAACUUAUUAACAUGAUCAACAGGAAUUACAUGUAUGCUAAAUGGUGGCCCAAAAUAUCUAUCUGAAAAGCCAUGCUUCCAAUAAGCCAUGCCUCCAAUCUGAUAGGUUGCCACUUCCACAAUAUAUUAUUCAAAAGGUUCAUAAUUGAACCCCCCAUCAUCAAAAGGUUCUGGCUUGAACCUCUAACACAAGAGUUCCUUGAAGACCCCUUUCAACUGGAAAGGUUCCGCUGGUGUGGCAACCCAAAUGGUUCUUCCAGGCACCUUUACUUCUAAGAGAGUACAUUAGCGAUGAUCAGCUGAUAUAGACUACCCACCACAGGAGUGAUUCUAGGCACGUAAAGAAGUAGUGAUUCUUUCUAACUCCCUUUCUGGGUUUUUUUGUCAAAUGAAAAAAAUGUUUAGUCUGGCUACAGGAGCAGUAGAAAUGUAUGACUGGAAUUAAGGUUGAUUUUUUAUUUGACUUUGAACACCUGCUCCAUCAAAGGUCUGUGGAUUGCUCAGGCACCCAAUAACAAUUGCCAACAUAACAACCAAUCUACAACCCUGAGGAGUGACUGCCUCCCUCACUGACUAAACUAUUACAAAUGACCAGGACACACAGAUAUUACAGAAAUGGUAGUACAGUAGAACUCCAAGAACAGCUCUGGGUUGUAAUUCUCUGGGUUCCUUUGUAACAAAGGAGCGGAGGCCAUCUUGUUUCUGUGGCUUUCCCUUUUAUGUGCACCAGAUGGAGGGAUCAAAUCAAAUCAAAUGUUAUUCGUCACAUGAUAAACCAUCAUUGUAAACCGUCAUUGUAAACCACAAGUGUAUAUGAACAGUGAAAUGAUUACUUACGGGCCCUUCCCAACAAAGCAGUGAACAAAAUAUUAGAAAUAAUAGAAAAAUAGAAAAAUAAUAACAUGAAAAUAAAUGCACAAUUAGUCAAAAUAACUUGUUUGAUUGUAUGUGGGAAGGAGGGUAAUGAAUGCAUGUGUCUCUGGCCAGGAGCUCUGUGUCUCCAUACUGAUCCAGUUCCCAAAGUGCCCAUUGCUCCACACAUCUGAGUGAUUACAUAUUCAUCUUCAUGCUGAAUUUUUCUUUCGUAGGCAAAUCCCUUCUAUGUGUGGUUUUGUGUGGGUAUUGUGACAGUACAUUUGUCAUGCCUUUUCAGUAAGAGGCAACCGAUUUGAAUCACUCUUUGUGUCCCAAGAUUUCUGAGGACUAUUUGCCUCCAUUUUUGUUGUUUUAUUUUGUUGCUUUCAUGCGAUUCACUUUGAGAAAAAUGUGCAAAUCAUUUAGUGUAGGAGUGUAUAAUGAUGAAUUAACAAAACUUUGUUAAUGAUAAAGAUUUGUAAAGUCAUGGAUAAAAUAAAUGUGUAUAGAGGAAAUUA